AUGCCAACACCAGAAAAUACUAAAGCUCUCCAAAGUUUUUUCGGGCUUAUGAACUAUUUUAAACGCUUCAUUCUACGCUACAGUACAAUUACUUAUCCUUUGAGAAACCUUCUGCAUAAAGAUUCGUUAUGGAACUGGAACCUUGAGUGCCAGCAUGCAUUUGACAAACUAAAAAACGCUAUAACAUUAGACUCAUGUGUCGGAUACUUUGAUCCCAACAAAGAGACUACAGUCACUGAUGCAUGUCUUGUAGGCAUAUCAGCAGUAAUUGUUCAAAACACUCGAAAUAAACAAGACUUUAAACUAAUAUCUUAUAAUACAAAAGCGCUAUCGCCUGUACAAUAA